AUGUUUGAUGAAGAAGAACCCGGUAAACCAAAGAAUUGGGGAUGUACAAUUGCGAUUAUUGCUAGUAUGACUAUUGUAAAUAUUGCAAUUUUUAUUAUAUGUCGGAUUCUUUUGGAUUCAGAAGACGAAUUUGAUGAACCAUUAUUACAGGGAAAGCUUCGGGAUGAUAUAACGUUUUUCUUGGGAAUGUUCUCAAUGACAUUUUGUUUUGGAUGUUGUUGCUGCUUUUGCUGUGGUGGUGCUGUAUUUAGAGAGCAUAUGAGGUUGGUGUCAAAAGAGCACAAGAAGUUCGAUGGAAGUACUGAUGAGAAAAUAAUAAAGAUGCGAAUCGAAAGAAAUAACCGAGAAAAUGAAAACAAAUAUAUUGCAGAAGAUGGUGGCCUUCGAAGGAAAUUUGGUGAAAAAUGCAUUAACAACGGUUAUGCAUACUCAAAUAUUGCUUUCAAUGAAUGUUCAAGCGAAGAAAAAGGAGAAAUUUUCCGAUCAUUGGCUUUAGCUGCAUCUGCACCUAAGGUGCAAUCAUCGAAAUUUCGAAGCAUGAGUAUAGCGAUUUGUUAA